CGCUCACCUGUGCAGACCUGCCUGCAUCUGUCCUGUCCUCACCUGCUCCUGUUUACAGUCGACUGAAAGUGACUUCUUCUUAGCAUAUUUAAACACGAUGCAGCUUGAAGCGUGUGAAUGUUGUUGUGUCCUUGGGGCCCUUCACACGUGACCUCAGCGGACAGGUAGAGCCAGUCAGACAGGUGAGCUCCUCAGAGGAGUUAAGAGCUAAACCUCACCUGCCCCAGACACCUGUCACAGGACCAGCGCACAGCAGAGCAGAGCAGCGCAGAUAAAGGAUAAUUGAUGUGUUACUGGUAGGAAAGAGUCAACCAUCAUCCUUCUCUACAAUCGUAGGAUUUUCCAGCGGCCAGUUCUGAGCUCUCUCCGUCGCGAUGAACAUCCCUGAGAAAGAGCGCAAACCGAAGAAGCCUCACUACAUCCCUCGUCCACCGGGCAAGCCCUUCAGAUACCAGUGCUUCCAGUGUCCCUUCACCUGCAACCAGAAAUCACACCUGUUCAACCACAUGAAGUACAACCUGUGCCACGUCUCCGUCUCCAUCAGCUCCGGCCGUGGCGGCUCAGCGCAGGAGGAUACAGACGAGCGCUCAAGCCCUGAUCCCUCACGUCCUCCAGCUCCGUCUUCAUCUCCAUCUCCAGACAUCUGUGAGGAAACCUCAUCUCCUGUGUUGAAGCCCGAGGUGCUCCGUCCUCACGGUCCUGGGUCGGUCUGGAGGCCUGCCGCCGCUCUCCAGAACGAGCCGCACCUGCCGGAGAGAGUGGAGGGUUUCCCCUAUCACCCGGGCUUUCAUCCCCACGCCGCUCCUACAGGUUUUCUCCCACUGUAUCCUCACUAUCAGCCAUACAUCUACGAGCCGUAUGUCCUCAGACCGUGUCCUCAGAUGUUGUUCCCGAUGGAGGAGUAUUUCAGGUACUACUACACGAUCCCGGCUCACAGCUACAUUCCGCCGGAGCAAGCGCUCCCCUCCCUGUACUCUGUGAUGGAUGUGGGCUCUGUGUAUGAUCCGUAUGCGCUCGUCGUGAAUCUGAAGGAGGUUCAGGUGAGUCCGCAGACGGGACGCUCCGCUGCCGGAUCACCUGACAGACCAGACCCUUCCCACAAUUCACAGCAGACACCGGAUGAGAGGGGUGCAGCACCAGCCAGCCAAUCAGAAGAGAGGGGCGGGGCCACACGAGCACAAGAGGACAGGAGUCUCCCAGAGAGGGCAUCACGUGCAUCCAGAGAGAUGGAGAGAGGGGGAAAUGACAGUAAAAAUGACAGAUUUGAUAAGGAUUCUUUGGUUCCUCUCAACCUCUCCAGGAGAGCCAGUCCUCUGAAUCUGUCUAUGACGACUACAUCAGACACCCAAUCACCCAGCGGCCUGAUGAAUGAGGGGAUUGUGGGUACAGUGACAUCACGAGAGGACGAUCAUUUACCUGUAGAGAAAACAGCCGCGUUCGCUCUCUGUCAGCUGGCUCAGUCCGGCGUUUCAAACCUGAGCAGAAACAUCAGUUACUCUGAUUCAAGUGUCUUUCAGGAGCAAGAAACAAAGCUUCUGACCUCAGUCCGAAGUCCAGCACCUGAUGUGAGCGAAGCAGCUUCCACUGACUCUAAAACAACUCCAGAUGUGAAAUCAGGUGUAGGUGUAGAAGACUCCGCCCCUUCCGUUGCCACUACAGAAGUCUCCGCCCCCUCAUCAAAUAUUCCACAUCAAACACGGACAAAAACACACGGAAAACACAACCUGAAGAGAAAACAGAUGAGCAGCCGAAGCAAACACAACCUGAGGAAGAGAAUUUGCCGUUCAACACAAAAAAAUAAAAUAAAUCCAGUAAAUGAGAGACUAUAACCAAUGAAGUUUAAAUAUUUCAGGGAAACUCAGCUCUUAUAAACUAUCAUGUGAAGCACAGAAUCAUAUUUAUUUAUACUUUUUUACUGUUAAAAUUAUUUUCCUUGCAUUGUUUUGAGGUUUUCUUACAUGCAAAAUAAAAAAUGGUGGAACUGG